AUGAAAACGCGUGUUAUGAACUUCAAAGAAUUUAUAGAUAACGUACCAGUGAAAAAAGCAUCAUAUAGCGAAGUACUUAUUGCUAUGGCGGAAAGUAAACAAAUUACUCAACAAAAACCAACAGAAUAUCAGACAUUCAAUAGAACCAACCCAUUAAUGGAAAAGAAACCAGAAAAGCGACCAGAAAAACGUCAGGCAAUACCAUGGACUCAAGAGGAAGUUGAUGCAAUAGAAGAUGGUGUUAAAAAAUAUGGAAUUGGACAUUGGACUCUUGUAUAUGAAUUGCAUAAGGACAUAUUCAUGAAAAAUGAAAGAAAGUCUAGUGACGUUGGUGAUAAAUGGAAAAAUAUGAAAACAAAACCACAAUAUCAAAAAUAUAUUACUGAAGAUAAAAAAGCGCAUCCAAAAACUGUAAAUCCGCCACAAGAACCAAAUAAGCCAGUCGCUACAUUAGUUGUACCAACAAAUUCGCAUCCUAAUGCAAUUCCGAAUCCAAAGCAAUAA